UGCCUAAACUCCACCUUCUCCGCAGAUUAAAAUGGACUCCCAGAUGACGAAGCAGGCGCUAAAUGAGAUUGAGACCAGGCACACGGAGAUCAUUAAGCUGGAAAACAGCAUUCGUGAGCUGCAUGACAUGUUCGUGGACAUGGCCAUGCUAGUGGAGAGCCAGGGGGAAAUGAUCGACAGAAUUGAAUACAAUGUGGAACACUCUGUCGACUACGUGGAGCGAGCUGUUUCUGACACCAAGAAGGCUGUGAAAUAUCAGAGCCAGGCUCGCAAGGUCAGUGCACGCGGAGAAUGACCGCGGAACGGCUAAGAAGUUAGCCA